AUGGACUUCGCUCUAGAGCCCUAUAAUGCUGCCGAUUCCUCCUCGUGGCUCAUCUGCCAUACCUGCGGCACGCAGUUCCCAACUGCUGAUCGCUCCGUCGUCAAGACGUGCCACGUCUGUGACGAUCCUCGCCAAUAUGUUCCCCCAUCGGGCCAGUCCUUUACGACCAUGGCGGAGCUUCGGGAUUCGGACCAUCGCAACGAGUUCAAGCCGUAUGAGCAUGACGAGCGCAUCAUUUCCAUCCACACGUGUCCGAAAUUCGCCAUUGGCCAGCGCGCCAUGUUGAUUCGCACACCGCAAGGUAAUGUGGUUUGGGAUUGUAUCUCCUAUAUAGACGCCGAGACGAUAGACAAGGUGAAGGAGCUGGGAGGGAUCAAGGCCAUUGUCGUCAGCCAUCCUCACUUCUACAGCUCGCAUAUACAAUGGGCGAGAGCGUUUCAAUGCCCAGUGUACAUUUCAUCCGAAGAUUUGCACUGGACGACAACACCGUCAGCACACCGCAAGGCUCUCACCGAAACCGAGACGGAAAUCAUACCUGGCGUCAAGGCCAUCAAGCUGGGCGGACACUUCCCGGGCUCCUCAGUGCUGCUGUUUGACGGACGGCUCUUCAUCGCAGACACGCUCAUGACAACUGCAGCAGGCUUGGGCAAAUGGGAUAUCGACGCCCUGGGAGCCAAGCGAGAGAAGCCUCCCGGCCUGACUUCAUUUUCGUUCCUGUGGAGCAUCCCAAACUUCAUCCCGCUGAGUGCGGAUGUGAUUCACCGGAUGUGGGGGAUCCUCAAGAACUACGACUUCAGGGCGACGCACAGCAUUUUCGAGGGCAUCGACAUUGAGGAUGAAGAGGUCAAGGCAAAGGUGCUGGAGAGCAUGAAGUUCCAGACUAGGGCAAUGGGCUUCACGGCGCAUCCACUUUUGAAUGAGACGCUGUGA